AUGUGGUGCGUGGGUCAUGUGCCCUUCACCCCCGUGAAUAGAGACCCGUUCAUCCCCUCUUCUUCGGAGGGAAACAUGCUAUGGACGUGCGAGAAUACAGAUAUUUGCACUCUUCAUCCACACGCGAGACUCCAGACUCCAGCGGAGCAAUUCACCUUCUGGGCUGUAUAUGGGCCAACUAUUGGCUCUAUAGACAGAGAAAAGCGCAAGAUCCAUAGGCGCCUAAUAAAUGCAGCGUUCAAUCUAGCCAUCAACCCAUCCGUCUGGGACAAGAAAAUCCUAGGCAGAUGCAAUGGGAUGUUCCUCAACCGCUAUCCCCAAUGGAGCGAUAAAAACGACACAGCCCUGGUACCGGAUUUCCAUAAGCUCGACUUUAAGAGAGCUCUACUGCUAGCCGUAAUGCAGUCAGGUAUCCUUUUUAUGACGCUUAAGGUGGUGCUGAGAAAUGCGCCGUUGAAAUGUUUUGGGAGGCGAACGGUGCAUUCGAGGAACGAACGAGUCUUGGUUGGUCGUGAGCGGCAAUUCGUGGUCGACAAGUGA